AGAGACGGUCGGUUACUUUUCGAACAGACGUGAUCUCAAGAGGACGUGUCUCUCCCGCUUCUCUUUCGCCUGUGCAGAUCCAGCGUAGCGUUGUAGCGCGUUCGUGUGUGACGACGUGACGGUGACUCUCUGUGCGUGUAAAUAAAUGUAUCUGAGGUGUAUCUGAGGAACGCGCGUGUGAUGAACGAGCGAAUUAAUUAAACGAUAAUCAAAACAAAUUAACCACAACGACGACACAUACUCGUACAAAAAGUAUCUCUGUGGCCCCGCAAGCAUUGCAAGCAAUGCCAGAAUAAAACAAAAACAAAACCAAAACCAAAACCAAUCCAUAAGUAAACCCCGAACCGAGUGAACGAACUGCCCCGCAUUGAAUCCACAGACCCUGAAGGCUUUAUGUUAAGGCUUUCCAGCAAGCCAGCGCCAGCGACAGCCCCCACCAGCACAGCGACGAGCAUGACAGUGACGGGUCUGCGCCAGACGAUGACCAGCCCGACGGUGCCGCCGAUCACAGCGCUGGGCAACAGCUCCGGGAGCAGCAGCAGCGGCAGCAGCAGUGGGAGCAACAGUCUGGCCAAUUCCCUCACCUCAAUGGGCAGCGUCAGUCCCACGGCCCAUGCGGCCGGACAUCAUCCGCUCUCCAGUCCCACAUCGCCGUCGGCCCUCCUGCUGGCCCACCAGCAGCAUCUCCUGGCCCAGGCACAGCACCAGCAUCAACAGCAACAACAACAGCAGCAGCAGCAUCACCAACAGCAGCAGCAGCAGCAGCAACAGCAACAGCACCACCAGCAGCAGCAGGCGGCACUCCAGCUGGCUGCAGUGCAUCCACCGCAUCACCUCCACAAGACCACCUCCCGGCUGAGCAACUUCAGUGUGGCCUCCCUGCUCGCAGACACGCGGCCGCGGACGCCCACCAACCAGGCCAGCGAUGCGCCCACGAAUCUCUCCAGCUCCGCCGCCACUUCGCCCCUCUCCCAGGGCAGUGCAGCGGGCACUCCGCCACCACAGAUGCCGCCGGCGGGACAGCCCACAGCGACGGGUCCGCCACCAACGCAUGCCUUCCAUCCCGCCGCCGUAGCCCACCACGCCCACUUGCUGCACGCAGCCCAUGCGGCAGCAGCCGCCCAUGCACAGCACCAGCACCAGCAGGCGGCGGCAGCAGCGGCGAUGGCGCAACUGCGUCAGGCACAGGCCCAAGCCGAUGCCCGAGCCACAUCCCCACCCGCCUCCACCAGCUCCACGCCCAACUCCACGCCGGUGGCAUCCGCCGCCUCGGCAGCAGGAGCGGGGACAGCGCACCUGGGCAGCUCCACACCCGCCAAGAACGAGCGGCACUCGCCGCUGGGCAGCCACACGGACUCAGAAUUGGAAUACGACGAGGACAUGCUGCACGAGCACGAUGUGGAUCACGACGAGGAGGAGGACUCCAUUGUGGAUAUCGAGGACAUGAAUGCCGAUGACUCGCCGCGCUCCACACCCGACGGCCUCGACAGCAGAAAGUCGCUAGAGUCGCCGCACGGCGGCAAUCACGGCUCCCAUAUGCAAUCGGCCAUCCUCUCGCCGGCGGCUCUGGCCGCCUCCGGUCACGUGCCCAUCCGACCGACGCCGUUCAGUGCUCUGGCCGCCGCUGCAGUAGCCUGGGGCGGCAUGGGCGCUGGUGUGCCCUGGCCGGGCGCCCGCCAAAUGCCGCCCUUUGGGCCGCCGGGCCUGUUUCCGGGCCAAGGAUUCGGUGGAGAUGCCAAUGAACCGCCUAGGAUCAAGUGCAAUCUCCGCAAGCACAAACCCAACCGGAAGCCUCGCACUCCAUUCACCACACAGCAGCUGCUCUCGCUGGAGAAGAAGUUCCGGGAGAAGCAGUACCUGAGCAUUGCCGAGCGGGCGGAGUUCUCCUCCUCGCUGCGGCUCACCGAGACCCAGGUGAAGAUCUGGUUCCAGAACCGUCGGGCCAAGGCAAAGCGUCUGCAGGAGGCUGAGAUCGAGAAGAUCAAGAUGGCUGCCCUGGGCAGGGGAGCGCCCGGCGCCCAGUGGGCCAUGGCCGGCUACUUCCAUCCCAGUCUGAUGCACUUGGGAUAAGUGGCGGCCCAGUUGGUGUGCGUCCCUGGUCGCCACCAACGCGCCCCGAGCCAUAGUCCUACCCCGAGCAGGCACUCCGAUAACCAAAUAGCUGAGCCACGUCCCGCUGGAACAGGACCAGGUA